AUGGUCAGGUCCCUCAAAAAGGCCCCAGGUGGCUUCACUCACCUACUGUUGGUGGUGGAUAAGUUCACCAAGUGGAUCAAGCCGAAACGCUUCACCAACAUCCGCUUGCAAGAGGCGGUCGAGUUCUUCCUCAACAUCGUCUACCGGUUCGGUGUCCCUAACUGUAUCAUCAUAGACAACGGAACAAACUUCACCGGCAAGAAGUUCCUAGACUUCUGUGACGGUUAUAGCAUUAGGGUCGACUGGGCCUCGGUCGGGCACCCGCAGACCAACGGUCAGGUCGAGCGGGCCAAUGGCAUGGUCCCCCAAGGGCUCAAGCCACACAUUUUUGACCGGCUCAAGAAACACGCUGGGUGUUGGGUCGCGGAGCUCCUAGCGGUGCUCUGGAGCCUUAGAACGACCCAAAACCGAUCCACAAGUUUCACCUCUUUCUUCUUAGUCUACGUAGCUGAAGCGGUGUUGCCAUCCAACCUCGACUACGACUCUCCAAGGGUAAAAGCGUUCGACCAAGACCAAGCCGCAGAGGCUCAGCAGGACGCGAUCAACCUACUCGAGGAGGUGCGAGAGAUGGCCCUCAUCCGCUCCGCUUGGACCCAGACAACCAAGGACAAGCACAAGCUCUCUCCACCAUGGGAAGGACCGUACACGGUGGCCGAGGUGAUCCACCCAAGUGCCUACCAACUGAAGGACGACGACGCCAACAUCCUCACCAACACUUGGAACAUUGAGCAGUUACGUCAUUUCUUCCCCUAA